CUUUGGCAGCAUGUAAGCAACUUCUUGCCAAGAACCCAGGUCACUGCUGAGAAAAGGGGGCCUUAGGGAGAAGAAUAUCCAGAGGAAGCCAAUGCCAGGAGCGUCUGGAAUUACACUCACCACAGGCAGCAUGAGACAUUCUGUGCCAGCAUCUGUGUCCUGCUGGCAAAGACUGCAGCUGUCCAGGUAGGAGGGUCCUGGAAGCAGCGUGCACCAGGAGCCUCUGGAGGAAGAAUGGGGCCAGAUAUGAACUCUCUACAAUGAACCAAUUUUCAGCUUGCGAAGGAAUUUUAAGUAAAACAGUUAUUCAAUUUCUACAUAUUCAAGUUCAGUAGCCUUCUGUGUGAAGUGCCAGCAGUCACCCCCCUCCACUGGAGUUAUCAGGAUAUUUCUGGCACCACGUUGAACUCUUCUUGGUACUUCUGGCAAUGACAGAUCUUCAGGACAGAUUUAUCUGCUAAAUGCGCUUGGGCAGGAAAAAAAGUAAAACUCUGGAAGCAGUAUAAGGGCAGCAGAGCAGAGAUCCCUCCCUUGCUGCUCACUGUUACAGAAAGUCAGCCUGGACUCGAAUGCUCACCCUGAAGAUUGAUCCUGCCUCAUUCACCUCCCGAGCCCGUCUGUUCCGGGGAGAUCUGGUGUUUUGGGGCUGCCUCCUGUGGCCCUUUUUACUUCAUUCCCCUCCCAUGCUCUCUAUGAUGUGAACUUUGGAAUGGAGUUUGUUUUCCGUUGGGAACUGACUCUGUUUCCCCGGCUGGUGCUGUCUGAGAGGACCAUCUGAAGGCUGUGCUUUGUUCUUGGGGAGGAGGGCAUGGCCUUGCCUGGACCCUCCACCAUGUUCCUGUUGCUGCCUUUUGAUAGCCUGAUUGUCAACCUUCUGGGCAUCUCCCUGACUGUCCUCUUCACCCUCCUUCUUGUUUUCAUCAUAGUCCCCGCUAUUUUUGGAGUCUCCUUUGGUAUUCGAAAGCUCUACAUGAAAACUUUGUUAAAAAUUUUUGCGUGGGCGACCUUGAGAAUGGAGAGAGGAGCCAAAGAGAGGAACCACCAACUCUACAAGCCCUACACCAAUGGAAUUAUUGCAAAAGAUCCCACUUCACUAGAAGAAGAGAUCAAAGAAAUUCGUCGAAGUGGUAGCAGUAAGGCUCUGGAUAAUACUCCAGAGUUUGAGCUCUCUGACAUUUUCUACUUUUGCCGGAAAGGGAUGGAGACCAUUAUGGAUGAUGAGGUGACAAAGAGAUUCUCAGCGGAGGAGUUGGAGUCCUGGAACCUGCUGAGCAGAACCAAUUACAACUUCCAGUACAUCAGCCUCCGGCUCACUAUCCUAUGGGGCUUAGGAGUGCUGAUUCGGUAUUGCUUCCUCCUGCCUCUGAGGAUCGCUCUCGCUUUCACAGGGAUUAGCCUGCUGGUGGUGGGCACAACUGUGGUGGGAUACUUGCCAAAUGGGAGGUUUAAGGAGUUCCUGAGUAAACACGUUCACUUAAUGUGUUACCGGAUCUGCGUGCGAGCCCUGACAGCCAUCAUCACCUACCACGACAGGAAAAACAGGCCUAGAAACGGUGGCAUCUGUGUGGCCAAUCAUACCUCUCCUAUCGACGUCAUCAUUUUAGCCAGUGAUGGCUAUUAUGCCAUGGUGGGUCAAGUGCACGGGGGACUCAUGGGUGUGAUUCAGAGAGCCAUGGUGAAGGCCUGCCCUCACGUCUGGUUUGAGCGGUCUGAGGUGAAAGAUCGCCACCUGGUGGCUAAAAGACUGACUGAGCACGUGCAGGAUAAAAGCAAGCUUCCUAUCCUCAUCUUCCCAGAGGGAACCUGCAUCAAUAAUACAUCCGUGAUGAUGUUCAAAAAGGGAAGUUUUGAAAUUGGAGCCACGGUUUACCCUGUUGCUAUCAAGUAUGACCCUCAGUUCGGUGAUGCCUUCUGGAACAGCAGCAAGUAUGGGAUGGUGACGUACCUGCUGAGAAUGAUGACCAGCUGGGCCAUCGUCUGCAGCGUUUGGUACCUGCCUCCCAUGACCAGAGAGGCAGAUGAAGAUGCCGUCCAGUUUGCAAAUAGGGUGAAAUCCGCCAUUGCCAGGCAGGGAGGACUCGUGGACCUGCUGUGGGAUGGUGGUCUGAAGAGGGAGAAGGUGAAGGAUGCUUUCAAAGAGGAGCAGCAGAAGCUGUACAGCAAGAUGAUCGUUGGGAACCACGAGGACAGGAGCCGGUCUUGAGCCCACACCUCGCGCUGGCCGGAGCCGCCGUGCCCGAAUCUUGGCACUCCUGAUGGGAGCCAGCUGGAGUCUUUGCCGCCGCCCCCACUGCUGCAUUCCUUCCAGACUCAGGUCUUCGGGCUGCUCUGGAUCCUGGCGCCAGCUUCUUCAGAGCCGCAGGGCCUGGGCUUGCCCUCUGAAGCGAGUGCUACUGGGUGUUGCCGCCCAGGACGAGAGGCCUUCUUGUUUCUUUUACACUAAGUCCGUUGGAGGAAUGAAUGCCAUUAAAGUCAGCCCUCCACCUGUGCACACGCGGGGCUGAGUGAUGGGGAAGAUUCGGCCACAUUCCCGUGCUGGGCCAGUAGGACACCCACAUGCCAGGGACGUGGCUGGGGGAAGGGCCACCCACUCGUGAGGAGAGGCACUGCAAGGCAGUGUGGCCAGCCAGCCCCAACAUUGCCCCAGCCUUGGGGCUUUGCAGACUGGAUAAAAGAAAACUGUUGUCUGCAGGGCUUUCAGCAAAAUGAAGUUUUAAAUUCUCAUGCAAUCACCAAAGGGCAUGGGAAGAGGCAAGAUGGACCAGUGACUAGUGUGUGGUGGGAACCAAGAGUCAUUUCCCGUUCAAACUCCAGUGCUCCCCAAACUCCCAUGUGACUUGCUCUUUGUUAACACGUGCCUCAGUUUUCCCAUCUGUAACCUGGAUCGGGAGGGGAGGGGUGGUGAUACCUACCUCACAGGGUUGUUGUGGGAUUGAAGUGCUACUGUGCGUGAAGGAUAAUGGAGCUCAGUGUUACAAGUCCAGGACCCUGAGAUGUGGCAGGACAAGGGCAGAGCUUGGCGCUGCUGCCCAGGCUUCGGAGUUGUUUUGUGAGUAAAUAAAAUUGUCUUUGACGGUGAAUGAACAGAGGGGAUUUUCCCUUCACUCUUUCUCCCCUAGAUGUAACCCUAAGCAACACGUUUCUUAACGAAGUUACAGAACCCAGAAGCCAGGGCUGGCGGGUGUAAGCUUGACUUCUGGUCAGAGGACUAGCAUUGUUCAACAGCUUCUGCUGCUGCUCUUUGAAAGCAUAUCAGAUGUUUGUUCGCACUUCUCCCUGGUUAACUUAGAAUUCCCAGCAGGGAUGGAGAUGUGGAGUUCUGCACAGAUGGUGCCCUGGGACUAGAGGUGUGUGAUGUGGGCACGCUGUGUCGAGGUGGGCGAGAGAGUGCAGGAUGGCAGGGGCAGUCUGUAAGGACAGUGGAAAGCCAUGAGGAAAUACAGGGCCAGGCAGGAGCGGAGGCCUGGGAGAGUCCGUGAGGGGCAGGACUGGCUGUGGUGUGUGUGCACCACACAGCCAGAGGGAAGCAGCAGGCUUCAUGGCCCCCUGCGCCCACCUGCAGUCACUGAAGGCAGAUCCAGAGCCAAGCCACCCUCAGCUUCUGGGUCAAGGGUCUACCAGUUUCCAAUCCCUCAGAAGAGAGCUGCCUCACCUCUGCCAUUUAUCCUCUCCCCAACUUCCCUUCACUCCGCGUGGCCCAGUCACCACACCUCUCGGGAUUUUGCACCAGCCGUGGUAAGUGUCACCUCCAAGUCCACCUCCGGCCUGCGAUUUGGGGAUGUGGGAAUGAAGCCCCGCCCCUGAGGCUCCUGAAUCGAUAGCACUUUGCCUGCCUCACCUGAGUGUAACUCGCCCUAACCACUGCCUAACCUCUUUGCCCCAUUUCCUCUUACCUGCUACCCAGUGAAACAUUUUACUCUCGAAUAAAAACACUAUUAUGACUG